GCAUUCAAUUAACAUUAUCGUUGUAUAUUUUUAGCGGAUCAAAUCGGAACAUGUCGGAAUGUCGACAGUUUGGCGUCUACAAACUGCAAAUGUUUUUCAGCACGUGUAAAUGAGAGAUUAAAUGUGCAAGAUUAAAGAUAACUUUGUUUGCUUCAUUAGUGAUCUAAUCGCGAUAAAAAUUUACUUAUCCAUUUUUGCAAACCACGGUCAUGACGCACGCGAGCAUCCUAGACGUAAGCGCGCUGAAGUUAACGUAGUACCGCAUUUGUGGCGGCCUGUGUGCAGGGCGAAUGACUUUUUAAAAACGCGUAGAGCUAGAGGAAAGAGAGGGAAGGAGAAGAGAGAGGAAGAGAGAGAGAGAGAGAGAGAGAGAGAGAGAGAGAGAGAGAGAGAAGCGGAAACGCCGCGGACGGAGUCAACGAUCGGGUAACGUCGCGGUAACGUCGCCGUCGGGCUCGUUGGCGCCGACGAUGAUGACGGCGGUGCCGCGGGUGCACGUACCCGCCGCGAACGGGAUCGACGAGGCGCGCGAUUGAUCGAUGCCGUGGCCGCGAUGCGCGCCGAGGCCGUGCCGCCGCCGUGCGACAGCCGAGACGUCGUUAAUCAAGCCGUCGAUUGACCGAGCGAAUAGACGAGCGUGCGUAUUCCGGGGGACGGGGCGGUGCGCACCUUCCCUCGAGCGAACGCGAAGGGCGGAUAAAGAGAGAGAAAGGGAGAGGAGAAGAAGAAGGCGGAGGAAGAGGAGGAGUAAAAGCGAAUUGAAUUCCUGCGCUCGGCGGUAACGUACGGGUACCGGAACUGCAGCCCGACAAACCGUCCGUUUCUCUCCACGCGGGAACAAGAGCGUGAAUCGCGUGUGUUCGAGAGAGACGGACCGAAGGCGGGGAGCGGUGAGAAGGAAAGAACGAGAGAGAGAGAGAGAGAGAGAGAAAGAGUGAGGGGGAAUAAUUGGGAGGGUUAGAUGAAGGAGGGAGUACGUUUCGACAGAACGAGUGCAAGUGCAGCGACGACGAGGAGGAAUCCGGAGAAGUAGGUACGACCGAGAUCGGGCUAGCCAUAGGACCGCUCCACGAUGGACGAGUGCAUGCUGAACGACUUGUUGGAGUGCUCGGUAUGCCUGGAGCGGCUCGACACAUCCAGCAAGGUACUGCCGUGUCAGCACACGUUUUGCAAGAAGUGCCUGGAGGAAAUCGUCAGCACUCAUCGCGAGUUACGCUGCCCGGAAUGUCGCGUCCUCGUGGACGCCAAGGUGGACGACCUGCCGCCGAAUGUGCUGCUGAUGCGUAUCCUCGAGGGAAUGCGCAAUGCCGCGCCGAAGAACCAGGCUAAGUCUAUUCUGCCAUCGUCGAGGUCUAUCUCGGGCGGUACCGCCGUGCCCCAGCGGUUGUUUGGCGGUCACCAGGUUGCCCCGGCACCCAUUGUCACUGGUAAUCUCGCUCCUGCAUCUGAGACACCAGUGCGACAUUCUAAUGCCGCUGCCAAACAGGUGCAUCUGCACAAUCAGGCAUACGGAAGAGCGAUCUACGAUUAUGUCUCCAAGGUGCCAGGUGAUUUAAGUUUUAAGAAGGGUGACAUAGUCAUCCUCCGGAAGAAGAUUGACAACAAUUGGUACUUUGGGGAAUGUGGCAAUAAUCAUGGUGUCUUUCCACUGUCUUACGUUCAGGUGAUGACACCUUUGACACCACAUGUACCUCAAUGUAAAGCGUUAUACGAUUUUAGGAUGACAAAUGACGACGAGGAUGGCUGUUUAACUUUUAACAAGGGGGAAGUUAUCAGUGUUAUCAGAAGAGUGGAUGAAAAUUGGGCGGAAGGUAAACUCUUGGACAGAAUUGGUAUCUUUCCACUAGCUUUUGUCGAGUUGAACAGUGUUGCCAGAGCUUUGAUGAAACUUUCGACCAAUGUACAGCCAGGACCGUCAAGAGUGGCCCCCCCAACUCCAACAAAUGAGGAAACUACACCAUUGAUACCAACUGAUCAUUCGCGUAAUGUGCAAACAACGAGUCAGUCUCGACCACAACUGGUACAGGUAUCUGAUUCUGUCUCAAACGUUUCAUCUGGUGGAAGUUCUACGACCACUACUCCAAAUACCCCUAACAGUUCGACGACGUCCAGCAGUUCCAGUACUGCUCCGAGCAGCCCUGGUAGUCCCGCGACGUCGCCACCCGCGGUCGGCAAUAGGCAUAAUGUUAAACGUCAUAGUUUCACUGCCGUAAAUACCGGUCAUCAUGCACAUCCCCAUCAUAGACAUAGCGCUGAAAUACUUAGUCCUCCGGUAGACAGUGCCCCUAAUAACGUCAAUAAUAGCGGAGGCAAUGAGUCAUUUUCUUCUUUACAAACGAGCAGUAGUUGCACGGAUCACAAUCUUCGUCACAGACGAAGUGGCAGCAGCGAUCUCGUUCUCGCUCAGGCGUCACAAAGUGUAUCCACUGGACAAACUUCCAGUGCAUCUAGUGCAGCGCAUUUACCAGCGGCGUAUGUAGCGUUAUAUCCAUAUAAGCCUCAGAAAGCAGAUGAGCUUGAGUUACGAAAAGGCGGAAUUUACAUGGUGACGGAACGUUGUCAGGACGGAUGGUUCAAAGGAACGUCCAAUCGCACCCAGAAGUGUGGCGUAUUUCCAGGAAAUUACGUUGCACCUGCCAAAUGUCAACGCGGGCUGUGUCGCGGAUCUCCAAACUCACCAAGCCAACAUCAAGGAUCGCCAUUAUCGAACGCCCCGUCGAAUGCGGAGUCACGUUUGGCAGUAACAUAUACGAAAAGUAAGGGUCCCGCGCCACAACCCUACAAUCCUCGCACACUUCCGCCGCCUGAAUUACCGCCGCGGGCUAUCAGCCCAUCCACGACUGUGUCUUCAUCCUGGCAUGGCGCCGCUCAGUCGAAUCAGGGACCGAAUCAGUCCGAAACUAGUCCGCCCCGACACAACGAUCAGAAUACCACUCCGCUCGGACGCAGUCACAGCGCGGUGAUGACUGCAAAUAUUCCUUCCCCCGGUAAACAAAUCGCCGUAUCGUCGUCGCUACAAUCGGCAGGUAUCAAUAGCGCUAACAAUAGUUGUAGCAACGCUACCAUUCCCACUCCUUCCUCUUCUGUUGGCGACAUGAAUAGAAGUCCGAAUAAUACUCUGCGUAUAGCGGGCAGUAUUACUCCCGCGAAUGCAGGUGCAACAGCGUCCAGAACAACGGAAAAGCCAAAAGAAAAGAAGGAUAAAUGCGUUUCCUUGAUGCGACGCUUGACCAAUAUUAAGAAGUCUAAAUCACCUCCACCUGCUACGUACUCGAUGGAUAAUCCUGUAUUCGACGACGGUAAUUCCGUCAAUCCGGUGCACGUUCGAUCGGGAUCUUGCCCAAGUCAGUUGCUACAGGUGGUACCUACACAGGAAUUAAAUGCUUCAAACAGCCCACACCGCUUAUGUCCAGGCUCUGUGCAGGGCCAUGCCACAUCUUCACAGAGACUGAAAUACAAGGAGAGACCCUCCUUACCAAUAUCGGUAACCCAAAGAUCCAAUGAAUCCGGUGCAAUGGUAUGCUCGACUGUUGGAAACCAUCAUCGCAAGAGUAAUUCGCUAGACGCUGGAAUGGGAAAGCAAAUGAAGCAGCAAUCAUCGCGCGACCGUACCGGGUAUAGAUUCCGUUGUAUCGUACCGUAUCCACCUAAUAGCGAGUUCGAACUGGAACUUCGCGUAGGGGAUAUAAUAUACGUGCAGAAGAAGCGCGAUGAUGGAUGGUACAAGGGUAUGCAGCAGCGUACUGGCCGUACGGGACUAUUUCCGGCGAGUUUUGUGGAAGCUUUCUGAGACCCGACACAAGGACGCCUAGUGUUAGAAACUUGUAUAUAACUUCGCCUUUUGUGUAAGUAUUUAUACGAUAUAUUCAGAUCGGGAAUUAUCCUCGGUAACAUGUUUACGCGCACGUACUUGUCGACGAUUUUCACCGAUAUUCUGAAAUAUAUCAUUGACUUCGAAGCGAUUAAUGCAUGCACGCGUAUUAGGCAUGCUAUAGCAUCUCGAGCUGUGCAAUGUAACGUACAGCCAUUGUGAGAACUUAAUGGGCCAUUAAUUAGCGUGUUGUAAUAAACACAUUGUAAGUGACUGAUAAUGCGUCGAAUUAAUGAACACAUUCGCGCGAUGCGUGCAAUAGGAUAUUUUAGCGCAAAGUAAUUAUAUGUAUUUUGCAUGUAAAUAUGCGAAAAAUGACGAAGAGUAGUAUGAAGACGACGCUGAAACUAUUUGGAACUUAUACUGCCAUCGGUUAUAUAGACGUGCGUAACUGCAACGAGAUAGCAAAUUUAUUUUGCGCGACGUUACUGCCAUUUGUGAUCGUAAGGGAAGGAAUCAGUUUCCCAUUUUAAGCUGUUGAUUUCAAACUUGCUAUCUUCUUUCGAUACGCGCGCAGGGCGUAGAGAAAAGAGAUUAAUAUGGGUUGUGUAAUAAUCAUGCUUACGCGCGUCAAACCGUUCAUGACACAUAAUUAAAAAUAGAAUUAUGGAAUAAACGAAGAAAUUCAUAUAAAGAGGAUUCUUUUUGAAAAAGUCUAAAUAUCUCGGGGCAAAUGCACAUAUAAUAUAAAACGAAAAGUGUCUAUGCGAUGGUAUGCUUAAAUUCCAGUUCAACUUAAAUCAACAGUUGAAUAGUGGAAUUAUACUUGCGAUUGUCUAGAUGAUAUAAUCGUAUAUGCAUUAAGUCAAUACAGUCUAAUUGAAAGUCAAAAUUCCAUCAUUUUCGAUUUUAAAGGGAUUUGAGCACAUUAUUGUACAGGCAUCUUAUCUUGAGAUGUUUAGAAUUAUGGACUUUUGUCCAUAUUUAUUGUCAGUUAUACUGAGAUUUAUAUAAUUUUUUUCUUCCUUAAUCUGCCAUUGUAGAUGAUUGGCUUUUGCUGCCGAUAAUUUAUUAUGCUUAUGUAUAAAAAAAUAUGCUAUACAAGAGCACAACUGAUAAUUUUAUUAUUGACAUUAUUUAAGACUGGACUGUGUUUUGAAAUGGUUGAUCGAGAUUAAAUGAAUGUCUUUUCUUCAGCGGGUAUAUCUAUUAUAUAUCCCCACUGUACAAAGAAAGAUAUUCUAUUUUAACAAACAAUUUGGAUUGUUAUAGGUAAUUUAGCUAAGAUAUAUUUAGAAAAUGGCCUUGAUACGCGCAAUGUUGAUGUAUUAUUAUAUACUUUGUAACUCAAUUUAUAACUUGUUUUUUAAUUUAUAAAGUUAUGCAGACAUCCAUGGCAUGAUAACGAGUUAGCUGUUUAAGCAGUUAAUUCAGAAUAAAUAUGGAAAUAUUCAAUAAAUUAAAGUGCUUCCAUUAUCUGAUUAAUGAUGUAGAUAUAAAUUUUGUUAUGUUCUUUAUUUUCUAUUAUUAUUCUUAUUAUUAUACUAUUAAUUAUACAGUUGUGCAAAAUUGGUGGUUUUUAUAAAUCUUUAUACGUUGAAAAAUAUUUUAUUGAUUAUCAUAUAAUUAUACUAUCAUCUUUUAGAAUUUACGGUUAAGUCUUAAAAGUGUACCUUAUUUCGAUAUGUUAUUUGAUUAUUAUAUACAAUACAUCAAUUGUACAUACAUUACGCGUGUAUAAAUAUGUAGAGAGUAUACCUGUAUAUAUAAUAAUCGUAAUGCUCAAUUCAUUAACUUUAUGAAUAAGUAAUCUAUCUACAUUUAUAUAUUUGAAUUUAGACACGUAUAUUGCACAAAUCUAAGUGUAAACAGAAAAACACACAUGUACACGAUUAUUUCAAUCGCAUAUGUAUACGCGUACAUAUGUAUCCUGGAGACAUAUUUAUAUUUAUUAUGAUCAUUUAAUGACACAUUUGUAUAUAAUUUUAUUGUAACUUGAUAUUAUAGUAAUUUGCAGUUGUCUCGAUAUUUAAUUAGAGACAGUCCAACGUGUAAAAUAAACAACAUUAUUAAACAAAGAGAACAUUACACAACGUAUUGUAAAGACAAAAAUUACAAAAGGACAAUUUACUUAAGACACUUCUCAGGAUACUUUCUUUUUCGGAAUUUUUAUAAAUUUUUAUUAAAGUUAACAAAAAACAAACUAAACUACGCUCUACAUUUCAUUAGUAUGUUUUGUAUUUUUUGCUGACAUGUAAAUAUAACCGUGACAUCUGCAAAUUCUUAUGAUAUGAAACAUUUCAUUGUUGAAAUGCAAAGCAAAACGAAUAUCAGAAAACGAUUUAUGUUAUAUACAAUCACGCAGUAAUUGCAAAGAGUAAUGAAAAACGUCCACUUCUGUUCUUUGAAAUCAAGGAAAGAACGUUGUCUGUAAAUUUUCGAGUGAAUAAGUUUUUGUGGCCAUCAAACUAUUAGAAAAUAAAAUGUAGAAGGAUUAGGGAUAAUCGAUAAUAAUUAAAACUUAUCGAAACUUAUCGAUAUUGAUGAAGUCUACAUUAUGACACGAGGGAAAGUGACUUAGAGAUUCUGAACGUCAUAUAGACAUAUAUGCGUACGGAGAGAUGUAAUUUUAUAGUUAUUUGUUCGGAUGGAGAAGGUGGCUGGAUAUAUUUUUUUAUGUCAGUCACUUCGGCGUGAAAAAAAGCGAACGACCGAUCGACCAUAGGAUCGAAUUUAAUCGAAUUUAGAAUUAUGAUAGUCAAGAAAAAGAAAAAAAUAUCUUACAUUUCUAUGCGAGGGGCCAUACUGCGCAUACUAUGAUAAACUUGGCAGUCUACUGUAGUGCGAUAUUUAGAAAUCGAAGAAAAGAUAAGAAAUAAAAUGCGAAAUAUAUAAUAUAUAUACAUAUUUUUUUUAUAUACAAGAAAAAUUCGUCUGCUUGUGUUCAUGCGAAUUAUUGGAAUCAUUAUAUUGUACCUUAUGCAAAUUAUUAAUAUGUCUUACGCACAAUCAAUUUAAUGUUUUGCAUUUUGAUUUUGCAUAUCCAUCUUUUACGAAGAAUACGAAUUUUGAAAUUAUGAUUUUUGUUCUUACAUCUCUUUGACAAUUAAAUUAUAUAAUUAAAUUCCUUAUGUCACACUAGAACUGCGUAGAAACUAUUUAUACACAGGCAUACAUAUGUGUGUAUUUUAUAUGACGUACACUUAAGUAAUUUAUUAUUAAUGGCUUGUAAAGAAGGUACUGCUAAGUUGCGGGUGGAUAUAUCAGAUUGGCUGUAACGAGAGAGAGAGAGACUAAUUAUUAUCUCGUCGCUAUCUUAUUUUGUGCGCAACACAGAAUUAAGCAUGACACGACACGUGUAAGAUAUCAUCUUUCGCGUAAUUAUGUCGUUGAUUUAACAUUGUUGCCCAUUUGUUUUUGCGUAAAUAAGAGCUGCAGGUAUACGAAAUGCGUUUAUACGGUAACAGUCUUAAAUCGAUAAGCGCGCGUGCGAUGCAAUUGACCGUCUCUGUGGAUUGUAAAUAAGUUACUGCGAAAUCUGGAGUUCUCGCAACGUUAUGGUAAAAGCAAAAAAAAGAUGUCAUUAAACAGCUAUACUCGCGUAUGCAUAGGGAUGAUGACUUUCUUGCGUUUCGCAGAGGUCGAAAUCUGUUUAGGUUACAGAACAAGGUACACGUAGCGUAGGAAUGUAAGACAAAGAUCCGAGUCAAGAGCCUUCAUUUAGACCAAAUGUGUUUCUAGCACUUCUUUCGUAAGGAGAAAACUUUAGAAUAGUCAUUAUAUACCGAUUACUACCUUUACACGCUACUUACGCUACUCGGUAUUUUGUCACUAACGUAACAAUGUUCCAGCAAAUCUAUGUCGAUGUCGUGUCCAAGCGUAAUUUACACAUAUACAUAGGUAUCGUUUAAUAUUUAAAUAGCAUACGAAACCUGUAAUAAAAUCCUUCACGUGGCUACCAUAAAUGCCGGGUCUGUAUGUGUGUGUCCUAAAUCAGUCAUUUUCCGUUUGUUGUACUCGUGAAGUCGAUUUGCUAAGAUAAUCUGUUAUGUCAAAUCAUUUAAUUUGAUAAAUCAUAAAUUAUUACAUCAGAACAUUAAAAAUCGAUUUCGUGCAAUUAAAGGGCUUAUUAUAAUUUAUACCAAAAAAAGAAUUAUAUAUAUGUAUAUUCUUUUCGUAACGUAUACUAAGUUUAUAUAAUUCCUUAAUUGUGCAAAACCGAUCAAUGUGCUGAAUCCUUUAAACUGCGGCAGAUAACAUAUAGGAAAUUGAAGCCUCUUGUAUUCUGUAUUGUAUUAUAGAGAGCGAUUUCGACAAACGCUCUAGUGCUACUAUACAUGAAGAUAUCUAAAUGGAAAAGCAUGAUAUAAGUAUUUUAACCAAUAAAAUAUCAUAUUAUGCAGCUAAAAAUAUUAUACUAUUGACGUUAGAUAUUUUAUUGGUCAAAAGACGUCAAUAUUAUGUUUUUAUUAAACAACUACAUACAUAGUAGUCCUUAGCAUAUGUCAGGUCAGACUAAUGCAAGUGAUAGAACUCGCUAUUACUACAGAUACCAUUAUCACAAUUCUUCUCGUUACGCUUAUUAUAAUUUCAUGCAUUUUGAAGAUAAUUUUUUUCAUAAACUAUUUUUUAACACACAUACACGCACAGCAGAAUGUUUCGUAUCAAUAUAUUAAUAAAAGCUUAACAAAAAACAAUAUUAUAUCUCAGGAAUGCCUCUGAAAUAAAAUUGGUAAUGGUAUCACCAUUAAUUUAUUAUCUUACCAUUAUAUAUUUUAUUAAUGUAUUAAUUUUGAACUUUCCUCACAAAUACGGAAGCAACAUGCGUAAAUAACA